UGUAGUUCACGACCGAGCUUCCGCCAUUUUGCCGUGGGUUUCCGCCAUCUUUUCCUUUUUGCUGGCAUACUGGCGCAGAGACACUUGGUGUCGAUAAAUCUUCGAAGAAAAUGCCGUCGGUAACGCUAAAGGACGUCGAUCAGCACAAAUUCGUGAAGGCUUUCGCAGCCUUUCUCAAAAAAACGGGCAAGAUGCGCGUGCCCGAAUGGGUGGAUAUUGUAAAAUCCGCCAAAUUCAAGGAACUCGCCCCGUACGACCCGGACUGGUACUACAUCCGUUGCGCGGCUCUGCUGCGUCACAUUUAUAUACGCAGCCCGAUUGGAGUUGGCGCGGUCACCAAGAUCUUCGGCGGUCGAAAGCGCAACGGCACUCACCCGAGCCACUUCUGCCGAUCGGCCGGCGGUGUCGCGCGCAAGGCUCUCCAGAGUUUGGAACAGUUGAAGCUCAUUGAGAAAGCUCCUCUGGGCGGACGUAAACUGACCAGUCAGGGACGCAGAGAUGUGGAUCGUAUUGCCGCUCAGGUUAAGGCGAAGAGCAAAAAACAGCUUAAACUUCAAGAGACGAUUGUAAUCUAAAUGUUUUUACGUUCUUGUAUAAUAUAACACGCAUAAAUCUUUAAAUAAUUUU